GCCGACCAUGGCCUCCCCCGUCCUCUCUUUUUAUCUUCCACCGAUUCGAAUUCCAAAGGGAUCGAAGCGACGAAGAAAAGAGAGAAAGGAAACGGGUCGAUACCUUGUUUUAAUUUCGUCGUGCGUACCUCGGAAAUGGUGGAUAUCUGUUGUGGCGUGGUGAACUGCGGCGCCGAGGCGGCGGCGAUGAGGUCCGCCGAGCCGGGAUCGCGAGGGGCCAGGCGGCGCCGGAUGGAGAUCCGGCGGCUCAGGUUCGACGCGGAGUCGGAGGCACCAGCGGUGGAGGACGAACCAAGUGGAAAGCGGCAGAGGAUGGACGGCGGCAUCGCUGCCGGGAGCGCGGAGAAAUCCGGGUCGACGUCGGGUGGGGGCUCCAGUCCCCAGCAUACUGUGGCCGCGCCGGAGGAAUUGGAUCUGUCCGAUCGUUUCCCGAGGUUCGGGAUGGCGACGGUAUGCGGGCGGCGGAGGGACAUGGAGGACGCCGUUUCCAUUCGUCCCGAUUUCGUUGGGGGAGACCAUCGAAUACCGGCGAGGCACCAUUUCUUUGGCGUCUUUGAUGGCCAUGGCUGCUCCCAUGUGGCCUCGCUCUGUAAGGAUCGGAUGCACGAGGUGGUGGCGGAGGAGGUGGAGACGCUGGCGCCGUGUGCCGGCACGCCGUCGCAGGCAUGGAGGGUGGCGAUGGAGAGGAGCUUCGCCCGGAUGGACUCGGAGGCUGUGGACGGUGGCGGCGGAGGAGGCGGCGGCGGCGGGCGACCGAGCCCGGACUGCCGGUGCGAGCUCCAGCCGCCGAGGUGCGAGCACGUGGGGUCCACCGCCGUAGUCGCCGUCAUCGGCCCUACCCGGAUCGUCGUCGCCAACUGCGGCGACUCCCGCGCCGUCCUCUGCCGCAACGGCGCGCCCAUCCCCAUCUCCUCCGAUCACAAGCCGGACCGGGAGGACGAGCUGCAGCGAAUCGAAGCCAUGGGGGGCCGGGUGAUCUAUUGGGACGGGGCGAGGGUUCUCGGAGUUCUCGCCAUGUCUCGAGCCAUAGGAGACAGCUAUUUGAAGCCGUACGUGGUGUCGGAGCCGGAGGUGACGGUGACGGAGAGGGAGGAGGGCGACGAGUGCCUGAUCCUGGCGAGCGACGGGCUGUGGGACGUGGUGAGCAAUGAGACUGCCUGUGGCAUCGCAAGGAUGUGCCUGCGGGGGGGCGGCGACGACGAAGAGGAGGAAGGAGGCGGCGGUGGUGAUGCGUUGUGCUCGGACGCCGCUAUAUUGCUGACUAAGCUGGCCUUGGCGAGGCAGAGCGCGGAUAACAUCAGCGUGGUGGUCAUCGACCUGCGAAGCAAGCCAAAGCGGAGGAGGACGGCGACGGCGACGGCGACGACGACGACGACUUGGUUACCUUGCAACUUGGAUGCCAUGAUUGGUUGGUGGUGGAGAAAGACGAAAGAGCGAGGACGAGGCAUACUUUAUUUGUUGUUGCUAUCAGCAUAAGACUCUGCUCGUUCCGAAAUAACAUAUCCCACCAAUGCUCGGUUGGUCAAAUGCAUCUCUCGUCACACGUAUCAUCAUAUCAUCCGAUAACAUAUGGCUGACGCCAAGCGAUCCACAGAUCAUAGAGCCAAUGGGGGGAGGAGAACAUACUUUUUGACCUUUGGAUUGCAGAGUGUGCUACGCUUAUGGAGGAAAGAGCUUCCUUCGUCAUCGAAACGUUCAUGUAAUAUCGAACGCAUCAAAGCCGUCCACGACCUCUGAUUAAUCUGAUCUUAUGUCAUAAUGGAAGUCUUUUUCAUGUCGAUUUAAUUAA